GGACCCCCGGAGAAUAUACCUAGAGCCAGCAGGAGACAAACCACGUGGGCCAGCCCGCAGGGACCCGGACGUCCUUGUGGCGCAGACCGGAAGUCGCCUUCGCUCCGUCUCUCGCUCUCUUUCCGCCGCCAUCUUGCGCCCGGCUCGUCUCCUACAAAAUGCCUGGUGAAGCCACAGAAACUGUCCCAGCGACAGAACUGGAGCUGCCACAGCCUCACGCUGAGACAGUAACUCCAGCUCCUGGGGGCCCUAUGGAAGUGAAGCUGACACCUGAGGAGUCCAUACCAGUCGCCACCAAGAAUCCUGAGGUGGCGGGCCAGGGUUCUCAGGCUGGGACAGCUCUAGAGCCUUCAGCUGCUGUUUCCAGCUCCUCUGAUUCUAGCCCUGCACACCCUUCCUCUUCAUCCCAUGAUGCUAAAUCUUCCCCUGCUGGAUCCUGUCCUUUGAGCACUCCACUGGCUUCUGCUGGCUUUGCUGUGGCAGCCCAGACCCCUCUUUCUCCUCCAAAACCUACUGAUUUGAUUAUACAUGCACAAGCAGCUAGCCCUUCAUUUCCAGGCAUUGCAUCAGAUUCUUGCCUGGCUCCAGUUAUACUUUCUGAGUCUGUUGGUCUGGCUUCUCCAGCUUCCCCUGUGAACCCUGCUCUUACAGCUGCUACCCUGGUUUCUCAGAUGCCAUCAUGUACACCUGCCCCAGCUCCUUUCAUUAUCCCAGUUGCUCCUGUUUCUCCCUCUUUAACACCAGCCCCUCCUAUUCUCCCUGCUUCUUCAAGCCCUUUAUCAGCUCCUCCCAAGUUUCCUGCCAGUCCCACAGCCCCUAUUCCAAUUUCUGCCCCUACAAUCCCACCUUUUGCUUCAUGUCCUCUUCUCCCAGCAUCUGCCAUUUCUCCCCCUGCUCCACCAGUGCUUCCCUCUCUUAGACCCAUAACCUCUUUUCCAGUUCCUCGCAGUCCUGGAGCUCCCCCUCCAGCACUAGCCACUCUUACUUCAGCCCCAGUGUCCCCUCCCCCUGUUACUAAACCACAAAGCUCAGUGAUACAACUUACUUCACCCCACAAUCCCACUGUUUGUUCAGUAACUAUAUCUAGUUCUGCAACCCCUGCAGAGCAACGUGCAGGACCAUCUGAAGGUUCUGCUUGUCUUCCCAUGAUUCCUGCUUUGGCACCUGUCUCCAAACCUGUAGAAUCUGUUUCUCCUGUGGCUUCUGUUGCACCCUUGGAAGCCUCUCCUAAAAGCCCAACCAAGCCUGCCUCUGGUACUGGUGUCCCAGCAGCAGCUCCAUUUGCACCACCUGCAAAAUCUGUUUUAGUACCAGCUUCUGGUCCUGUAGUCCCUCCUCCAGCCCUAGCAGCAGCUUCCUCUGGUUUUAUGGCACUUGCAGAACCACCUGUGAAACCAAGUACCAGUCCUAUAGCUCCAUCAGGCCCUGCUUCUGGGCCAUCUGUAAAACCUGUGUCUGCUCCUGGAACUCCUCCUUUGAUUACAGCCAGCCCCACUGUUGGUCCUGUGGCACUCGCAGGGCCACCUGUACAGCCUGCUUCCCAUUCAGUCCAUAUUUCUAGUCCCGGAACUACUCCUCUGUUCACAGCAGAUUCUCAUUCUGGCCCAGUGGGACUUGCAGAAGCAACCAUGAAACCAGUCAUAAACCCUAGAACACCAACAGACCCUGCAGCUGUUCCAGUAGUACCUGCUGGUCCACCUAUAAAACUUCCUUCUGUCACUCCACAGGGUCAGGCGAGCCCUAUGGCUGGUUCCAUGCCACCUGCUGGACCACCUGUAAAACUUCCUUCUGGCUCUGCAGCCUACACAGAAGCAGUUUCAACUCCAUUGUUACCUAUGGAGCCAUCUGCAAAACCCAUGUUUUCCCCAGUGAUCUCAGCAGGGCCUGUAUCUACACCUGUGGCAGCUGCAGGACCCCCUGUGAAAUUUGCUUCAGCAUCUGUUUCUAGGUCUGUGCCCCUUCCUGUGCCACAGGGAGUACCAGCUUCUGCACCACUGAUGCCUACAUGGCCCUCUGUGAAAUCUAGUUCUUCUUCACCUAAUUCUGGUCCUAAAGCCCCACCAGUGCUUGCUUCUCAGCCAGUAGCUCCUGUUUUGGCAGCUGGCUCUGGCCCUAUGCCUGGAGUUCCUGUAGGAUCUGUUCCUACACCAUUGUCAUCACCAGUGAAAUCUGUCACUCAGACACCUGCCCCUACUCCUUUGGCUCCAGCAGGACCUCUUUCUAGUCCUAUGCCAUCUGCUACCCAAUCUGUGGCUCCUCCCUUGAUCCCUACUUACAGUUCGGUGGUUGCAGCAGCACCUGCAACUAAGCAGCUGGCACCCUCAGUGCGCCCUCCGGUACCUUCCUCGCCUUCUGGAGCUUCUUGUCCUAUAGUUCCUACAUCACCAGCACCAGCAGUGACACCCAUAAAACCUUCUCCUCCUUUGGCAUCUGUCUCUGAUCCAGGGAUCCCAGCCAGUCAUGAAGCUUCUCCAGCUCAGCCCUCUGCAGUCCCUCCUGAGGCCUUGGCAGGGGUAUCUUCUACAUCACAGGCCCCUGCAGCACCACAGAAAAAGACUGCUUCUCCUCCAGUCCUUUUCUCUGUCCCUGGGAUAUCUGUACCCCAGUCAGUUGUGGCGCCUCCCACACCUGUUUACGGGCCACUAACACCACCUGUGGUCCCAACUGAGGUUUCUUCUAGUCCUUUGUUGCCAGCUUCCACCACGAAAACUUCUCCUGUAGUCUCAGCAUUGUCUGCUUCUAAACCUUCUGCGCCACCUCUGAAACCAGCUUCUGCUUUGGUACCUACAUCUGCCCCUUUGGUCCCUGCUGGGACUCCAACAGUGCCAGCUUCUAACCCUGAGCCCUCUGCAGUGGCCCAUGAAGUAUCUUCUUCUUUGGUCAUGCCUGUGACAACGCCUGUUGCUGUUUCUACAAAACCUGUUGUUUCUGUAUCUAGCCCAGUAACAUCUAACAUAGCAUCUGCCUCCCCUCCUGCUGCCACUCCAGCAGUGACUUCACCAUUGUCUCCUCCCAUGUCACCUCCAGUCCCACCUCCUCCCACACAGGUAGCAGCAAGUCCUGUCUCUGCCCCCAAAACACCAGCUCUCCCUUCUGUCUCUCCUGCCACCUCAAUUGCUGGGAAGCCAGAGACUCCUCCAAAAUCAGUAUCUGUGCCCCUUGCACCACCUGAUCUCUCUAUUUCUCAGCCUUCUUCCCCUAUGAAAAAGCCAGCUCCCUCUGUGCUUCCUAAGCCAUUGCCAGCUCCACCUGCUUCUGGUGCAGCCACUGAAGUGCCAUCCCAAAUCCCAACCCUUUCCUCCGUUGUCCUUGAAGAUGAUGAACUGCCACCUUUGAUCCCACCAGAGGUGCCUGCUGGGGAGCCACCUCUGCAGCCAGUCCUGGUGGAUUUCUCUCCUAAACCAGCUGUAGCUCUUGCUGAGAUCCCAGCAAGUGCUCCUCUUCUUCCUCCUCCUCCUGCCAAACAGCCUGUCCUGAAGAAUGAUAAGGGGUCCGGGACAGAAUCCGAUAGCGAUGAGUCGGUGCCAGAACUUGAAGAACAUGACUCUACGCAGACCACAACGCAGCAGGCACAGCUUGCAGCAGCAGCUGAAAUAGAUGAAGAACCAGUAAGCAAAGCAAAACAAAGUCGGAGUGAAAAGAAAGCACGAAAGGCAAUGUCCAAGCUUGGCCUUCGUCAGGUCACAGGGGUAACAAGGGUAACUAUCCGGAAAUCCAAGAACAUCCUGUUUGUCAUCACCAAGCCAGAUGUAUACAAAAGUCCCGCAUCAGAUACCUAUAUAGUUUUUGGUGAAGCAAAGAUUGAAGAUUUGUCACAGCAAGCACAGCUGGCUGCUGCUGAGAAAUUCAAAGUACAAGGAGAAACUGUUUCAAACAUUCAAGAAAACCCACAGACUCCCACUGUACACGAAGAAAGUGAAGAGGAAGAGGUCGAUGAGACUGGUGUCGAAGUGAAAGACAUUGAGUUAGUGAUGUCCCAAGCAAAUGUUUCCAGGGCGAAAGCUGUCCGUGCUCUGAAAAAUAACAGUAAUGAUAUCGUAAAUGCAAUUAUGGAAUUGACGAUGUAGCCCCUCAGAUAAUAAAAUUUUUGGUGUUACAGAGGAGAGUAAAUUGCCGCUGACCUGAAAAUUUGUACUAUUUCUAUCAAUAAAAGUUGUGGUUUAGAAGGUU